AAAGCAAAAUAUGUUCAAAGAAGGAAAAAUCGUGAAUGAUAAAUAUGUCAUUCAAAAAAGUAUUGGGAAAGGAGCCUUUUCCAAUUGAUACCUGGCCAGUGAGGUCCCAGAAGAAAACGAAAGCAUUGACAGCAAUAAAAAACUCGUUCUGAAGGUUAGUAGUAAACCAGAAUUUGAGUUUUAUAACGAGUUUGUAGUCUCCUCCUCGUUAGAGGACUCUCCACAACUCCUCAACUACAAAGAGCACUCUAGUUUUAUUGACGAAAGCGAGGAGAGGAAAUACGAAUACCUGGUCGCAGAUUUUAUGCCAAACGGUUCGAUGUUUGACUAUGUUUCUAACAAUGGUUUUGACGAAGACUGUGCAAGAUUCAUGUUCAAGAGUAUUCUUAAAGGAUUAGAAUCAAUGCACGAAAAUGGGUAUGCCCAUCUUGAUAUUAAACUAGGAAAUAUUCUCCUCGACUCUAAUUAUCAGCCAAAAAUAUGAGACUUUGGCUUUUCUCAAAGAGCUGACAAAGAAAAUCUCAUGUCCAGCAAAGAAUUUGGACAAUUUGGGUCAAAGAAAUAUAUUUGCCCAGAAGUGCAUUCAGGUGAAUUUUUCGAUCCUUGCAAGGCUGACAUAUUUGCUCUUGGAGUGUCUUUCUUCAUCCUAAUGAUCGGAGACUACCCUUUCAUGAACCCAUCAAAGUCAGACAAAAAAUACAAGCAUAUGUACAAUAAAGACCCAUCUGUGUUCUGGAGAAAACAUGCCAGAGCCAAAAAGAAGAUGAACAAGGGCCUAAUCUCAAACGAACUGGUCGACCUCUUAUCAAGAAUGAUGGCCCCAGACAGGGACCAAAGGAUUUCUAUCUCGGAAAUAAAAGAGCAUCCAUGGUAUCUUGAACCUUCAAUGAACAUGUUGAAGGUUAAGGAGUACAUGGGACACCUUAGUUCCCUUUAAAAGGGAAUAACUUUUUCAAUUUCACCAUGUUAUUAAUUUCUAUAU